AUGACCAGAUCAUUAAUCAAGAGCACCCGGAUGGUCAUUUCAAUCAGAGAAACGGGAAACAAGACUCCUUUAAAUCUUAUCUUGGAAAUAUCGUUGGAUUCCCGGAAAUUGGAUUUGCCAGGAAGACCGAGAUGGCGAAGAAGAAAACAGGAUGGCAAAGAACAAGAAAAGAUGGAUAAUAACUUAAACAUUAUGGCUCUCCCAUUCAAUUUCUCCCUGGACUACCCGAGAUGUUGUUAA